GCAUUAAAGAACCCGACGGAAAUAGAGUUGAAAGCUUUCUAACAUGGCGAACCGUACUGUAAAGGAUGCUCACAGCAUCCAUGGCACCAAUCCUCAGUAUCUAGUGGAAAAGAUCAUUCGGACACGAAUCUAUGAGUCCAAGUACUGGAAAGAGGAAUGCUUUGGACUUACAGCUGAACUUGUAGUUGAUAAAGCCAUGGAGUUAAGGUUUGUGGGUGGCGUUUAUGGCGGCAACAUAAAACCAACUCCUUUUCUGUGUUUGACCUUGAAGAUGCUGCAGAUUCAACCCGAGAAGGAUAUCAUUGUAGAAUUUAUCAAAAAUGAAGACUUCAAGUAUGUCCGCAUGUUGGGGGCACUUUACAUGAGACUGACAGGCACUGCAAUUGAUUGCUACAAGUACUUGGAGCCUCUCUACAAUGACUAUCGGAAAAUCAAGAGCCAAAACCGAAAUGGGGAGUUUGAACUGAUGCAUGUGGAUGAGUUUAUUGAUGAGCUACUACAUAGUGAGAGAGUCUGUGACAUUAUUCUGCCCCGACUACAGAAACGCUAUGUGCUAGAGGAAGCUGAACAAUUGGAGCCUCGGGUUAGUGCCCUAGAAGAGGACAUGGAUGACGUGGAGUCCAGUGAAGAGGAGGAGGAGGAAGAUGAGAAGCUGGAGAGAGUACCAUCACCUGACCACCGCCGGAGAAGCUACAGAGACCUAGACAAGCCCCGACGCUCUCCCACUCUUCGUUACAGGAGGAGUAGGAGCCGGUCUCCCAGAAGGCGGAGUCGGUCUCCCAAAAGGAGGAGCCCUUCGCCUCGUCGAGAAAGACAUAGGAGCAAGAGUCCAAGACGUCACCGCAGUAGGUCCCGAGAUCGACGGCACAGAUCCCGUUCCAAGUCCCCAGGUCAUCACCACAGUCACAGACACAGGAGUCACUCAAAGUCCCCUGAAAGGUCUAAGAAAAGUCACAAGAAGAGCCGGAGAGGGAAUGAAUAAUGGACUCAGAUUGAUUGUAGCCCAGAGACUAUGAGACUGGCCUUCUGUG